AUGAGCGUGCGCAAGGCGCAUAACUCCGGCCGAAACCACCUGAGAAACGUGGUGGACUACUACCAACAGAUUGGUCAAGAAAAGGCCCAGUCCGUCAUUGACUCCAUCACCUCCUCCUACGCCGCAGAGGGCCAACAAGCUCCCAACAUGAUGGCCCCCGGCGCUUUCCCGCCUCCCUUCGGAUUCCCGGGCAUGCCAGGCAUGCCCCCUCCCCCCUUCGGAAUCCCCCCACCAGGCGCACCCGGCGCUCCAGGCAUGCCCCCUCGUAUGUCUCACCCAGCUCCACACCCGCAUUCCCGCAAGAACAGACCCUUCUGGCGACGAGGAACCCGUUAUUACCCAGGACAAUACGCUAAUGAAUUUCCGUUCCCACCAGCCCCAGGAGCCCACGGUCUUCCCUUCCCGCCGCCCUUCCCUAACGCCGGAACCCCGCCAACAGGUGGCUUCCCACCUCCUCUCCCUAACAUGCCCCAGGGCGCAAACCUGCCGAUUCCACCUCCCGGCGGCUUCCCCAACUUCCCCGUCCCUCCUCCCGGCGCUACAGGCUUCCCGCCUAUGCCUAUGCAUGGUCAGCCCCCUGUGGGUCAGCCACCUAUGGGACCUAGUGGUCCUGGUGGUCCAUCGCCUAUUCCAACUGGACCUCGUGGCUUGGAGGGAUAUCCUCCUCCCCCUGGAGGUGGGAACUCCGGUAGGAUGGAGCAACAGUGGUGA